CACAGUUUGGCUUUAGUGUCCGGGAGUGUGAAGAUCAGGGAAGAUCAAACUACCUACUGUAGGUUGACCCCUGAGCCUCAGUGCCUCCCCUCAAGGAUACAGGUUGCACUAAAGGGCCAGAACAACAGUACUCCCGAGCUCUGCAAAGCCAAAACCACAAUGUCACAAUUCUGUACAAUGCCAACUGGAGAGAGGAAGAAGCGUGCAGCAGCUAUUUGCCGAGAGGUCCAUGGUACCAAUGGGGUUGUCAUGGAUCUUGGAAAGAAACUCAGCACUCCCAAGGACAUCAUGUUGGAGGAGUUAUCAUUGCUUUCCAACAGAGGUUCACGGCUUUUCAAAAUGCGCCAGAGAAGAUCAGAGAAAUAUACCUUUGAAAGUAUCCAAAAUGAGGCAAACGCACAGCUAAAUAAUGAUAUUUUAACUGUGAAUACAGACACAGUUGAGAUUAAAGUGGGGGAACCAGCUGAAGAUUCUGCAAAUCCAGAAAACACUGCUUCAGAAACGACAGCAGAGAACACCACAACUAUGGGUAAAGCUUACCACUCCCCGUGGGAGGAGGCCAUCCUCCGUGACCCUGACCUUGCUGAAACCCUCAAACUGCAAAUUUCUGCACCAGAUGCACGACCAGAUCUUCCAGAGUACAAAUGCUUUAACCGGGUCGCCACUCCUUACGGUGGUUUUGAAAAGGCUCCCAGAGGAAUCACAUUUAAACUCCCUGAAGUGGACCUCAACCCACCCAAGUAUCCAGAACUCCAGGAACCGGGGAUAAAGAGGGCCACCUUCAACAGGACAGCCCAGGGAUGGAUAUCUGAAGGCACCCAUUUGAUUCUACCUACGAUUACUGUGGAGCCCAUCCAAGUCCCAGAGUCUGAAGACCUCUAAAUACAUGUCAUGUCAUCUGGAAACAUGAUGCACACCAUAAUGUUUUACCCACUGCCCCGAUGAUGUCAGUUAUGGUCACAGCUGCAUUGUUUUUAUCCCCAAACAAUGGACAAACCAGUUUCAUGUAUUUGUUCUUUAGCUGAACAGUGUGUUUGUUGUAUAUUCACUGUCUCCAAAGAAAAAACAAGUAAAAAA